AUACAAAAAAUACACAAACGCAUAGUAUAGUAUACAUCGAGUUGAAAUCUCAUAUUUUCCGCAUUGAAGAAACUAUAUUAUAAUUCCGAGAGUUAAAUUGAUGUGAAUUAUUCCAUCGAAUUUGGAAUUAUGUGAAUGAUUCGUUUUAAAAUAUCAAAACCAUCGGCGAUUCCGCGCAGUGUUGAAAAAAAAAUGCUCGACUGUUUAAAAACACCAGGUAAGUAAAAAAAACAAACACCACUAAAAAUCUAAAGAAUCCACGAACGCUUGCCUGAAAAAUCUUUUCCGCCACAUCAUCAAGAAUUCGAUUGCGCAAUUCCCCCGAACCUCCAGAAAAUCCCGCUAAUAAAUCAAACGGUGAAUCACGACACCUCUCUCUCCCCCCGACGAUUCACCCCCGAUCCGCAAAAAAGAAAAAUGAAUAAAAGAAAAUAAAAAAAACCGCGAACUUCAAAUAGUGUGUCCCUCCCCCAGAGAACAUCUUCCCCGAUGAAAUCGUUUCAGUCGAUUGUCGCCAGCGAUUGUGACCGGUUCGCGUUGAUCCUUUCAACGCACAAAGUACACCACUUUGAUAUUACCCACGCGUAAUUCCAUCCCAGUCGUCGAAUGGCUGUACUCACAGUGAGACGUGAGAUCAUUCGAUCAAGAUCGUGCAACCAAACGUCAAUAUAAGUGUUCAAACAGAAAAUAAAGGAUUACCACCAGACUAACGUCUCAAGGACCGCCAUGGUAUCCCCAUUAAAAGUCGGUUGAAAUUGAUCGAUGAAGUCAAUGAAAGCCGGGGACAGGUGUCCCAGCGCACCAAUUCUCCCGCCAUCUCGUAAACGCGUGACCUUGGAGCAGAGUUAUUCGAGUCCGCACGCGGUGUCGAGCCCAGGAAGCCGUAGAUACCGUUCCAAUAAGUCUCUGCUGUUGACGCGGUGGCUUGCAUCGAAAAAAUCAUCGAUCGAUGCUGAGGAGAAUGCCGACGAUACGUGGGAUCCUGGUGAAUGCAUGGAUUAUGGAAAACCACCGCCCGUGGAGGAGCCCCACUGCUACUCCAUGUGCAUGAGUGAAACAUCAAUCACCGAUGACGGCGAUGGCAUUCUCUUCGUGUCACGGGACAUUAUUACAGGACUUUUGGCUGAGCAGAUGAGGACAAUUGGUGGGAGGAUGCAGCUGAUCGAGGAUCUCGAGACGGGACAGUUGGAUGAUGUGGAGAACCUGAAGAAUACCCUCAAGACGUGCAAGAAGAACGAGAUAAACGUUCUGUUGCUUUAUACUUGCUAUCUGAAUCGGGCCGAGCUUCUCCCGAUUCUUCACUCGGCUGGAGCCGAUCUAAAUUACAGUGAGCAGGAGCGCGGUCUCACUGGCCUCCACCUGUGCGCUUAUUCUGAUUGUCUGAAGGGUGUGAAGUACUUGAUCACCAAUGGGGCAAUUGUCAAUUACAGCAAGAUCCACACACCCUUUCACUACGCAGCAUUCGGCAAUUCUCUAGGUGUUGCUAGGUACUUCCUCGAGUCAGGAUUCAGUCAGGAGUCCAUGCAGUCCGAUGAGAGUGCUCUCCAUGCAGCAGCUAGAAGCAAUUCACAAGACGUGUUGACUCUGUUAGCUCCAAAUAAUUCCUCGUUAAAUCGUUUAGACUCCACUGGUCUUGCGCCAAUUCACCAUGCAGCUGAUCGUGGCGAUCCGUCGUGCUUGUCGACACUAUUAGACGCCGGAUGUGCCGUUGAUUUACCAACGAGAAAAGGUGAUACUGCACUGCAUCUUGCUGCUGAGGGUGGUUGCACGGAUAACGUUGAGAUACUCAUUAAAAAUCACGCUGAUGUCAGGGUCAAGAAUCAUCGAGGUCAAACGGCGCUUCACCUUGCUGCCAGGUCACACUCAUUGGAAUGUGUUGAGGCACUUCUGCGCAAUGGUUCGUGUGAUCCCAAUGUCGAUGACAAUGAUGGAAGAACACCACUUCAUUUGGCACUUGGUAGAUCAGUACUAGCUUACGACGUUACCGAAUUUCUAAUAGGUUGGCGAGCGGAUGUUAACAGGGCCGACAAGUACGGAUAUACACCCCUGCACGUUGCCGCAUUGAAUGAGUUGUCGCAGUGUGUUGACGUCUUGAUCCAAUACGGGGCUGAUUUGAGUGCAAGAACAAAAGGAGGAACAACAGCCCUGUCCAUAAUUCUACGAAAAACACCGACAUCAUUGUGCAUCUUCAAGCAGAGGCUCGAUGCAUCUAUUACACUCCAUCAGCAGAGUACAGCAGCUGGUGAGAUGGAGCUGAGAAUUGACUUUCAUCCUCUUCUGCAGCACAAGGGACAGGGUGAGAUUGGUUAUCUGGGGACUUUUGUCAAGGAGGGGUACAAGGAGAUACUGGAGCAUCCACUUUGUCAAUCGUUUCUUCAUCUCAAGUGGCAGAAGAUUCGAAAGUACUACGUGGGUAGACUUUUCUUUUAUCUUAUGUACGUGGUCGUCCUGACGUCGUGGGUGAUGACAGCACUGGCACACAACUGCUACAACGAGUCGCACGGUCAGGUGGACGAAACAGCGAGUCUACCAUUGUGCGGCAAUUCAACGGGUCUCAAGGGUUUCUUUCAUAGACACCCUGAGGUGCUGGAGGUCGAGUGGUAUGCCCUCGUUGUUCUCACGGUUCUGGAAGGGGUGAGGAAGGCCACGGGAAUCCUGACGUACCCCUCGGUUCAACAAUUCUUCAUGCAACCUGAGAAUAUUGUCGAGUGGUGUGUUAUACUCAGUGUCUUCGCCACUUCUUUCGUUUACACUGGGAGAACUUACACCUGGCAGAGCCAUGUUGGUGCAUUCGCAGUGUUGUGCGGCUGGAGCAAUCUGAUGCUAAUGAUCGGUCAAUUACCCAUGUUUGGGGCGUAUGUUGCCAUGUUUACGAGUGUUCAAGCACAAGUCUUCAAGCUGCUGCUUGCUUACGCUUGUCUUCUCGUCGGCUUCACCGCUAGCUUCUGCGUCAUAUUUCCAAGAUCAAAGUCCUUCAGCUCACCCCAUACCGGGCUUAUCAAGGUCCUGGUAAUGAUGACCGGGGAAUUGGAUUUUGAAGAGCUGUUUUUUCCUGGUGAAGAGGACGUUGGGAGACAUGUCGAUGUUGGAAGCACCUCGUGGAUUCUCCUGCAGGUCUCAGCCCAACUGUCUUUUGUCCUGUUUCUCCUGUUUGUCACGAUUGUUUUGAUGAAUCUGCUGGUUGGUAUUGCGGUGCACGAUAUCAAGGGGCUGCAGAAGACCGCGGGUCUGGCGAAACUCGUGAGACAGACUAAACUCAUCUGCGAUGUGGAGAGUGCUCUCUUAUUGGCUCUGCUUCCUCAUAAAAUGGUGAAACUUCUCAGCUGGACAACGCUUGUUCUUCCAUCACCUCUGAGAGCUGUUCUCACUGUCAGACCACUCAAUCCCAGGGAGAAUAGACUACCCAGGGAUGUCCUGGUGGCGGCGCACAGGGUUGCCAAGCAUAAAAAAUUCAUCAGCAAUACUCUGUCCUCGAAGAGGAGCUCCAAUGCUUAUUCGUAUAGGAGAAAGAGCGAGCCACAAACAGCUUUUCGUUAUAUUGAUAAUGUCAAUACUGAGAUGGAUUAUGAUUUCGAUGGUAGAGCUGCUACUAGACUCCAGGAGAGAAUGAUCGAAUUAACUAGCAUAUGCGAGGCUAAUAGACAAUUGAUUCAGGAACUUGUUACGGUGCUGGCCACUGAUAAGAAAUAUAAUUCAACGGGUAAGGAUAAGGAGGACGUGAUCGAGGAGGAGAAUCAUGAGAAGGGCAUUGAAUUGAUUGUUGAACUGAUCGGUGAACCGAUCAUUGAAUCGAUCAUCGAGCAAAUGGAACCAAACGAUUUUACAAGCAUGGAUCCAAACGCUGUGAAUCCAUCCCCGAGACCGCGGUAUUACUCCAUGGCAACGCUGACAGACGCCAUGAGGAACAACCGGGAUCCCCUGUCAGUGCGAAUGGCAUCGACAUACCGAUCAGCGAGAUUGUCACGAUCGCGUGAUAUGCCUGAAAAAGUUAUCGUAACAGAUCCGUCCGAGGAGUCGAUCGCGCACGUGGAGAUUGACGCGGGUUCACCACCACCGGUCGACGAGUCCCUGUUCUUCGAUAAUCUCGAGGCCCUGAGGAACGUCGAAGUGAGUGGACCGAGUCUGAAGAGCGCAAUGUGGUCGGUAGUCAGUGUUUCAGAGCUGAAAAAGUUACUGGAGAUGGAGCAGGGGGAGAUUGACUCACCGGAUAUAGAUGCAACUGUUCUUGGAGAUUGUGAAAGCCGAUUCAAGAACAUCGCGUACAUAUGGGCGUGUUUUCGGGACCUAGACCAUAUGUUGCCGAAGCUGGAAGCAGCCGGUGCGCAGAUCGAUUACGUCGAGCCUUGCAUCGGCAUCAAUGCCAUCCUUGCUGCUUCAUUAUCCGGAAGUGUUUCAUGCCUGAAGCACCUGAUUGCACGCGGUGCUGAUGUCAAUUACGCAAGUGGAAGCAGUAAUUAUACACCCAUGCACUUUGCGGCAUUUGGAAAUUCUCGUGAAGCUGCUGAAGUUCUUCUGGACAACGGCGCCAAGCUGUACAUCAAUGCGAAUCUUCAGGAUACCGAACCAGUCCUCCACUGCGCGAUCCGAGCCAGAUCCCUGGAGGUGGUGAUACUUCUUCUUGAGCGAGGAGCCAGUGUUGUUUUGAAAAAUCAUCACGGUGAGACCCCUCUUCACGUUGCUUGUUUCGUUCAAGAUCUUCCCUGCGUCGAAGCGAUCCUCAAUACACCUGGAACAGAUGUGAAUGCCGUCGACCGGGCUCACAGGACACCCCUGCACUUUGCAGUGAUGACCACUGGAUCAUCAGCGGAACUCGUGGAGUCGUUGCUGAAGCAUGGAGCCAAUGUGAAUGCAAGCGACAAAGUUGGCUUUACACCUCUGCACAUUGCAGCGCUCAACGAGCAAAGCCAGUGCGUCGACACCCUCAUCUGGGCAGGAGCUGAUGUCAGUGCCACCACUGGCACUGGCCUAUCCGCUCUCAACGUCAUCCUCCGCAAGAUCCCAGAGUCCCUCCAAGUAUUUCGACAACGACUCGACGCCUCAAUCAGGCUCAAGCGACCUGUCCCCCACAAUCGAGAAUUCGAAAUGCGACUCCAUUUUGAUCUGCUCUUCCCCAGCAACAAUCCCUGCGAGACAAGUUUCAUAAAUACCUUCGUCCAAGAGCGCCGGAAGGAUCUGCUGUCCCAUCCCCUCGUCAUGGCCUUCCUCCAUCUCAAAUGGGAGAAGAUCCGGAAAUUCUACCUCAUGAGGAUCUUUCUCUACGCGAUGACAGUCAUCUGCAUGACAACCUACGUACUAACAGCUCUCGCCUACAAGUGCUACAAUUACGCUGACACUGGGGCAUCAAAGGUGUGCGGUAGCAAGCGACUUACAGGCUUUCUCUUCCGAAAAACCGUAAUUGAGAUUGAAUGGUACCUCUCGCUCUUCCUCACCUGCAUCACAAUCCCAAGAAAGAUCUUCGGUUUCAUGGUUCACAAGUCAGCAAGACAGUACUUCUCGAGCAUUGACAAUGUCCUCGAUGGAGUUGUUAUUCUCAGUGUCUUCAUGACAUCAUUCGUCUACACCGGCAAAACGUACGACUGGCAGAACUACGUCGGUGCAUUCGCCAUCCUCUGCGCUUGGACCAAUCUCAUGCUCAUGGUCGGACAAUUGCCUGCUUUUGGGACUUACGUCGCGAUGUUUACGCACAUACAGUUCGAAUUCGCCAAGCUGCUUCUCGCGUAUUCUGGAUUGCUAAUCGGCUUCACCAUCAGCUUCUGCGUGAUCUUCGUGGGCGAGCCGUCCUUCGGGAAUCCCUUCACUGGUCUGAUCAAAGUCCUCGCGAUGAUGGCAGGGGAGUUGGACUUCGAGGGAUUGAUCAAUCAGUCUGAUCAGAUCACUGAUGGACCAUUCGUCCUUUAUCAUCCCCUCUCCGUCUGCUCGCAGAUCCUCUUCACUCUGUUCCUGGUGUUUGUCACAGUGAUUCUGAUGAAUCUUCUGGUGGGCAUUGCUGUUCAUGAUAUCCAGGGACUGAGAAAUCACGCGGGGCUGACGAAACUCGUGAGGCAGACUAAACUCAUUCUAUUCACGGAGAUGGUCCUCAACAACAAUGCCAUUCCCUUCACGUUCAGGAAAUGGAUGUCUGAUCAUGAUAUUGACAUGGAGAACAGGAAGAGAGUGUUGGUGGUUAAACCCCUUAAUCCUCUCGAGAAGAGGCUUCCCAAGGAGAUCCUCAAGGCUGCGUAUGAAGUUGCCCAGAGAAAUGCUCCGAUCGUUGAUGAUGACAGUAUCAGUCUCAGUCAGCAUGUCACCUGGAUGAAACAGCAGAAUGAUGAUAGCAACGAGUGCGAGGCUCAGAGUACAAUCAAUCAGAUCUCCACUGGUGUCAGGGCUAAUGAGGAGGGGCUCAAGGUCAUCAAAGCGCAAAUGCUCGAUAACAACAAAAUGCUCACGGAUAUUCUUUCCAAAAUUACUAGCAACAAGAGAUGAUUCGAGGGUCGUGUAUUCUUUCUAUUUAGUGGAGACUAUGUUUUCCAUUCAAAUCACGUAUUCAUAAUUUAUUAUUGUUAAAGGAAAUAGUUGUCUGGGGAAGGAGGCUUUGUCAAUUUUUUUAAAAUCAUUUUUGAUCAUAUUUCCACUGAUUUU